GACAUGGUAAUCUUAGGUAUGGCUUCGUUAAGAGUUUGUUAUCGCGUCGCCACAAAGUCAUCUACAUCAUGUAUUGCAGGACCUAUUCUGCCUCUGGUAGAUGUCAGAACCUUCUCUGUUCUUAAUCGGCCACCUCCAAACUAUGAUGGCCAUGUCCCACUCACCCGCGUCGAACGAGCCAGCCUUGCAGUGGGAUCGGCAUUAUGGUGCUUCUUUGAUCCUACUAGAGCAGAUAUGGUCGCCGCUUGCGGCGAAGCGACCGCCCAACCUUAUUUCAUAAACCGCCUCCGUGAUGCCAUGCUUUCCUCUCCCACCGGCAGACGCAUCCUCCGCGACCGCCCGCGCAUGACAUCUAAGUCUCUCAAUCUUGAUUAUCUUCGAGGCCUUCCCGAGCACACUGUCGGUCGCAACUACGUAACAUGGCUUGAUCGUGAAGGCGUUACACCGGACACCCGAAGUUCUGUACGGUACAUCGAUGACGAAGAGUGUGCAUAUGUCAUGCAGCGGUACAGGGAAUGCCACGACUUCUACCACGCAGUAACGGGACUCCCUAUUUUUCGCGAAGGCGAGGUGGCGCUCAAGGCUUUUGAGUUCGCGAACACCCUGCUCCCAAUGACAGGAUUAAGUAUAGGUUCUGUCUUCACUCUGAAAAAGGCCGAGCGGAAACGAUUCUUUAGUAUUUAUGGACCGUGGGCUAUUCGGAACGGAGUCAAUGCAGAAGAAAUGAUCAAUGUUUAUUGGGAGGAGGAAUUAGAGAACGAUGUGGCCGAGCUGAGAUCAAGAUUAGGAAUUGAACAACCUCCUGAUCUAAGAAGUAUACGAAAAGCCGAGAGAGCAAGGAAGCGGGCCGAGAAGGACAAGGCCCAAGAUGGGGCAGCAGUGAUGUAGGUGAGCUUCAUUUAUACCCCAAUCUCAUUAUCUAUCGAUUUCCGCUCUCAGCCUGUCCGGAUGAGCGCUCCUUCAAAUCUAUAUGUCUUCCGAUUCAUAAGCCUUGAUAGUCCAAACGAACACCAGGAUUGCAAAAUCAAAUGACUGAUAGCGGGCUUUUUAGUGGGUUGACGCCAAAUGCUCUUCUUUCUUGUCAUAAUCGUCGUUAGCUUCGUCAACACUCAUCUUUUCCCG